AUGUCGGUUGUGUUGACCCCCACGGAGGAGCACUAUUUGAAAAGAGAACUGCUUAAAAGACAAUUGAACCAAGAAUUUGAAGCUCUCAAUGAUCCGUUUGCAUUGAGAAAAUUUGGGUUCCCCUUUAGCAGCGAAGACCCCACUAAAAAUACUAAAUUCUCCAAGGGAAGAUCACUUAAACGUAUUAUACCGACCCGUGGUGGUGCGAAUAAGACUGGCGAAGAUGGUUUGGAUAACUACAUAAAUUCCGAUACUCAAUUCCCCAUGUUGAGUUAUGUUCUAGAGGAGAUUGUUAUGCCGUUCCCGCUACUGUCGAAGGAUUUGGCCAUGGAUGAAGAAUUCUGGCAAAGGAAAGUACAAGUGUUUUAUGAACACUUCCAAUCUUUGGGGUUUAGUGAAAGUUUUGACAGGGAAGAAGCAACGAAGAGGAAGAGAAUUUCUACUAAGUUAAAUAAAGCUAUUCUACUGCUAUUCAAUUCGGGGAUCGGUGCAUCAAAGGAAGUGAAAUACUAUGAAGAGGAUAAAUUUCAGCUGCAAAGCGAUAAAACGAAGAAAGCUACAAAAGCGGGAGAAAUUUCGAUGCCUACGAGGGAAAAUUUACGGAAUUACGUAACGAGUGAACCAAUUUGGAUUAAUGGUUGGGAUGUAAACGUAAUUGCAGUGGUGUCUGAAUCAGUUCUUUUCGAUAAACCAGAUUCUGCAAAGAAAAAAACGAGAUCAGUUUCGGCGUCUAACGAUCCAAAUUCACGUACGCCACAGAAAGAGAAAAGAGGUUAUCCAAGUUGGAUGAAGCCAAAAUUUUAUAUGCCCUCUGGAUCAUCAUCUUUUUUUUCAAAAUUGUCAAUUUCAGAUAGUGGAACCAAACUUUCUAAACAUGAAACUUUCUUUUUACUAAGGAUAAAGCAAGAAUCGAAUCCUGAUAACACUAUUUUUAUUGCAAAGAGUUACGAAGAAUUCAAGAAACUAUCGCAUCAAUUGAAAAAUGAAUUCCCUGGUAAAAAGUUAUCCCAUCUGCCUCAUAGGACCAAGAAAAGUAUAUCUGUAAUGACACAGCCAGAUAAUACAAAUAAUGCCAAUGCUAAUAACAAUAAACCUCCAGGAACUCCAAAGGAAAAAGUGGUUGCAUCGAUGCCACUAGACUCCCCAACUACUCCAAGUACACCGACUUUAGCUGCAUCGGAAUCUGAAACGAGUAGUAUCGCAGAUGAUACAGGUAGUACUGAUGCUUGGGAUUUAGAUGAAUUUCAAGAUGCAUCUGAUGUGAAGAGUAACCAUUUAAUCGGUGAAAGAAUGAGAACUUUAUUAAGACAGUAUUUGAGGUCAUUAUGUGGUGAUGAAGAAGUUUCUUGUAGUUUAAAUUUUUCCAAUUUUUUAACCAGUGGGCCUUUACAAAAGGAAUCUUUCAGUAAGGAAUUGUUAGAAGAUAUUAAACAUAGAGAAUUAGUUGAUGUGGCGAAUUUGGAAAAUCAAGUUAAUUUUCAAAAAUUGGCGUUAAAGAGAUCAGUGGAAUUACAAGACGCUAUGAAAGAAUUUAAAACUUCCCUACUCAAAGACGACAGUUAUCUAUUAUCGCUGGUGGGCGAAUUUAAAGUAAAGACUAAAGUUUCUGAACUAUCGCCACUUUUACAGAGUUUCGUUGAAUGGUGUAAAGUUUAUGUGUCAUCUACUAUUUAUCAGGUAUUUUUGGGGAAUGACAGUGGUUACGAAUUUUAUACGCAAGUGAAAAGGUUACACAAAUUAAUGCCAUAUUCGAUGAUGGCACAAAUUAUGCGUUUCACAAAUCCAAUGGGGAUCAUGAAGGGAAUGAUGGAUCUUUUCAUGGCUCAACCAUUUGGAGGUCAAUCCCUUUUACAAACGAUGUUUUCUACGAUUUUAGCUGAUGAUUUAAAGGGGCAAGAAAAGAUAAUCCAUGAAUUGGAGCAUAAGAUUUUACAUGAAGCCAGUGAGGCGCGUGAGGUUAUAGAAUGUUUGAAAAAAUGUGUCUUUGAUAAUGAAAAUGGCAAAAUUGUCGAUAUGCGUCGUGUACACGACGAAGCAGAUUCCAUGAUGAUUCCAUCGUGUCUUGUGGCUUUAUUGAAAAGUACAGAAACGGGUAUAGUUUCGAGCACCGCGGUGGCCGACGUUAUUGAGUCUUAUACUGCGUGGAAAUCUUUGAAGACUGUUCCACAAGACCAAAUCACACAGGAUUUAGAAAAUGAAGCACUUUAUUUCACACGUGUCAAAGAAUUGCUACAAUUGUACGUCAGGGAGCGUGAUAAGAAAUUGAUGAAAAAAUUGUGGCAAGAUCCAGAAUUAUCACAGUUAUUACGUUCCAUACUUACAUUGAUUUAUGAGCCAAUGGUUCGUAUCUUCAAAGUUGCGCGGGUGGACAUUGCACUGAAGAAUUUUGAAAAGUUCAUGAACGAUUUGAUUAAAUUGAUAGAUGAAAUUCAUGAUGGGAAAUACGGGUUAUCCACACAAUUUAAUGUUGUGGAUAGUAUUAACAACUUACUCACGAAGCAUCAGGAUGCAUUUAUAAAUUUUAUUCAUGAAGUUUACAUUCAUGACGCAGAAGGUAUAUUUGAGGGUUUCAUCACAUGGAUAGUAGGAAUCGUUCGCAUUCUACAACGGAGUAAAUUUUCUGGAUCAGAAAAUAGAAUAGAUUUUGAUGCGUUGUUGCAGAGUUCUAACGUGGACGCCGGUUUGGUAAAGCAGCAAGUGGCUCAAGUCAUUCAGAGGAAACAGGAAGCACGGGCCGUCUACAGUGAAUUGCUAGAAGUUAAGAUGCUCAAGGAGGAGAAAAGUUUACAAAACACGGGUAAAGUUUUGGAGAACAAAUGGAAACAGGUCGGAUCACUAGUGAUGCCUACCAAUGGUGAAAGUUUGGGGAUAGACGAUGGUGACUUGGUUGAUUUGGAUUUAGAUGCAUCUGAUUAUGAAAACUUAAAGCAUGAUGACGAUAUAGAAUUGGAAAAAAAAUAUAGGAAAAUUUUGGAGAAACAAGUGGAUAUUCACGAAAUCGAAAAAUUCGGAGAUGAAGCUUUUGCCGGUAAAUUGAAGACUUUGUUGUUUCAAAACGCUUUAUAA